GCCGGGCUCGCGCUGCUCGACAGAAAAGCGCCGCCGCCCGGCAGCCGGGGCUUGGUGACUGCGCGCAGCCGCGAGGGUCGUGCGGAUGCCCGAGACCCCAGAGUCCACUUUCGGUCCCCGACUCCCCUGGUUGUAAGCUGUCAUUCCUCUCGGGCGCCUUAGCUUAUGCAAAAUGUAACCCGUAGAUGUCUUUGUAUCAAUAAAUCCGAGAAGCCAGAAAGCUGCGAUAAUGUCAAGGUCGUUGUUAGGUGUCGGCCCCUCAAUGAAAGAGAGAAAUCAAUGUGCUAUAGACAGGCCGUCAGCGUGGAUGAGAUGAGGGGAACUAUCACCGUCCAUAAGAUUGAUUCAUCCAACGAGCCUCCAAAGACGUUUACUUUUGAUACUGUGUUUGGACCAGAAAGUAAACAACUUGAUGUAUAUAACUUAACUGCAAGACCUAUUAUUGAUUCUGUUCUGGAAGGCUACAAUGGGACCAUUUUCGCAUAUGGACAGACUGGGACAGGCAAGACUUUCACCAUGGAAGGCGUCCGUGCUGUGCCAGGGCUCAGAGGGGUCAUCCCAAACUCAUUUGCUCACAUAUUUGGUCACAUCGCAAAAGCAGAAGGUGACACAAGGUUUUUGGUUCGGGUGUCAUACUUGGAGAUAUAUAAUGAAGAAGUUCGAGACCUUUUGGGCAAGGAUCAGACACAGCGGUUGGAGGUUAAAGAAAGGCCAGAUGUGGGAGUAUAUAUCAAAGAUUUAUCAGCCUAUGUGGUCAAUAAUGCUGACGACAUGGAUAGAAUCAUGACAUUAGGCCACAAAAAUCGUUCUGUUGGUGCAACUAACAUGAAUGAGCAUAGUUCGAGAUCCCAUGCCAUCUUCACAAUUACUAUAGAAUGUAGCGAGAAGGGCGUUGAUGGAAACAUGCAUGUCAGGAUGGGGAAGCUGCACCUUGUGGAUCUUGCAGGGUCAGAAAGACAAGCAAAGACUGGAGCCACGGGACAGCGCCUCAAGGAAGCUACAAAAAUCAACCUUUCACUCUCUACCCUGGGAAAUGUCAUUUCUGCCUUGGUGGAUGGAAAAAGCACGCAUGUGCCGUAUCGAAACUCUAAACUGACACGUCUUCUGCAGGAUUCCUUAGGAGGGAAUUCAAAAACCAUGAUGUGUGCAAAUAUUGGGCCAGCAGAUUAUAAUUAUGAUGAAACCAUCAGUACCUUGCGAUAUGCCAACCGUGCCAAGAACAUUAAAAACAAAGCAAGAAUUAACGAAGACCCUAAGGAUGCUCUGCUCCGUCAGUUUCAGAAAGAAAUAGAAGAACUGAAGAAAAAGCUUGAGGAAGGUGAAGAAGUUUCAGGUUCUGACAUCAGUGGGUCAGAGGAGGAUGACAAUGAGGAGGGUGAGCUUGGAGAAGAUGGAGAAAAAAGGAAGAAAAGAAGGGGCAGUAGCAGCAGCAGUAGCUCAGACUCCACAUGUUCUGUCAUAGAGAAGCCUCUGGAUGAGUUCUUGCCUCAUCAAGCAGGUAAAAAGAAAGUUUCCCCAGAUAAGAUGGUGGAAAUGCAAGCGAAAAUCGACGAGGAGAGAAAAGCACUGGAGACAAAACUUGACAUGGAAGAAGAAGAAAGAAACAAGGCCAGAGCUGAACUGGAGAGACGGGAGAAGGACCUGCUGAAAGCCCAACAAGAGCAUCAGUCUUUGUUGGAAAAACUGUCUGCUUUGGAGAAGAAGGUCAUCGUCGGUGGUGUGGACUUGUUGGCCAAAGCUGAGGAGCAAGAGAAACUUCUUGAGGAGUCCAAUAUGGAGCUGGAGGAGAGGAGGAAGAGAGCUGAGCAGCUUCGGAAAGAACUGGAGGAAAAAGAGCAAGAACGCUUGGACAUUGAGGAAAAAUAUACCAGUCUGCAAGAGGAGGCACAGGGAAAGACCAAGAAAUUAAAGAAAGUCUGGACCAUGCUGAUGGCUGCAAAGUCAGAGAUGGCUGAUCUCCAGCAAGAGCAUCAGAGGGAAAUUGAAGGCCUCUUGGAGAACAUUCGGCAGCUCAGCCGCGAACUUCGGCUUCAGAUGCUCAUUAUUGAUAACUUCAUACCUCAAGAUUACCAGGAAAUGAUUGAAAACUAUGUACACUGGAAUGAAGACAUAGGAGAAUGGCAGCUGAAAUGUGUGGCCUACACAGGAAAUAACAUGAGGAAACAGACCCCAGUGCCUGACAAGAAGGAGAGAGAUCCUUUUGAAGUAGACCUUUCCCACGUGUACCUCGCCUAUACAGAAGAGAGUCUGCGUCAGUCUCUGAUGAAGUUAGAAAGGCCACGGACCUCCAAGGGGAAAGCAAGGCCAAAGACUGGGAGACGAAAGCGUUCUGCAAAGCCUGAGACCGUAAUUGAUUCUUUACUUCAGUAAAUGUUACGGAAUUAAGGUUACAAUAAAAAGAGUGAUAUUCUCAUGCCUGGACAGAAAUCCUUAAUUAAGACACUGAGGACACCUAUGUAAUUCACAUAAUGGAAGCUGUAAAUUAUGGAGUAAGACUGGAAGUAGCAAUUUUCCUAAUAACUUUUAGACUCUUAAGUUUCUGUAACAUGUAAGUGUGCAUAGCUGGUGACUGUGGGUAUGUCACACCGUGCCGCAGUGCUCUGUGAGAGUAAGGGCACCAUUCCUAUAGCGCGUUGAGGUUGUAUGUGAAUGUGCAUCUCUUGGCUGUGUACUCAACUAUUGUGUAUCUAGAUAAGCAGAGUCUCAGAGUAGAGGUAAAUCCGUCUUGUUUGCACACAGCGCAUAGCAGAUGGCCUUGUCCUGUGUCCUCUGUCAAUACCUGGGUGGCUCAUCUAAGCAGUAACUUGUCCUAACACCUGACAGGCCUGCCCAAAUGCAUUCCGACUUUAUACUAAUGUUCAUUGCAUUUAGGUAUGAGAUGACUGCUUUUAUGGAUUUCCUUUAGAAAAUUGCAUAAUUUGACUACUUUGCAGGUUUACAUCUUAAGGUACAGUUUGAGCAUGUGCGUCUUCUGGCACCCUCCACCAGGUUCUGUCCCCUGAUGCACCUUCAGCCUUUGUCGUUGCUGCUGGUUUGACUUCCCCACCAAAGCCACACUGGCCACUUACCUUUGCUGCCACACAUAUUUUGUUUCUGGUUUUUUUUUUUUUUUUUUUUUUUUUGAGACAGGAUUUCUCUGUGUUACAGCUCUGGCUGUCAUGGAACUCACUCUGUAGACCAGGCUGGCCUCAAACUCACCUCCCAGCCACACACGCAUUAAAAAAAAAUUCCUUUGGACAUAUGGCUUACAGACACUCCAUUGUCUGAAUUUUAAGUUUUGAUGGAAAUGACUAUACAAAUUGAAACCACUCAUUUUCAGAAAAUGAAGCUAAGUCAGAAAAAUAUCUUUUAAUUAUAUAUAAAUAACACUGCUCUCUGAAUUUCUUCUAUUGACUAAUCCAGUUAGGCUAUAUUCCUCUCCAAAAAAGUCAUAUUCAAUAUAUAGUAAAAUAAGUUUAAUAAAUUUUUUAUUUUUUAUUUUUUUUUUUGGUUUUUUGAGACAGGGUUUCUCUGUAUUGUUUUGGAGGCUGUCCUGGAACUCGCUCUGUAGACCAGGCUGGCCUCGAACUCACAGAGAUCCGCCUGUCUCUGCCUCCCGAGUGCUGGGAUUAAAGGCGUGCGAAUAAAUUUUUUAUGAUGAAUGUUUUUUUUUGAAGUUUAUGUGCCUCUUUCUAAGUGAAAUUACACAGUCAACUCCAGGCUCUUGAUUGCAAAGAUUUUGAGACUUCCCAGGUUAGGAUUAGUUAGGUUACUGUGAUUUCAACAAAUUUGGGUAUAUACUGACUUAUAACUACAGAGCUCUGUGUAGACUGGAUGACUGAGUAGAGGGAGAGCCUGGUGAGGUGAUGGAAAAUGUGGCCAUACAUUUGUGGAGCCUUCCAGAAGGAGCGCUGGGUGUCCCACAUGUGCAGCAUGUACUGAUAUGACCAUGGCCACUGUGGCAGUGUCCUCAAGGUAGUGAAUGUGGCCUGGGUGCCGUGACACCCGCUCAUGUGAGCCAAGUGUCUUGUAAAGCUCAUAUGAGUCAAGUGUCUUGGUGAUGUCAAAUUUCUCCCUCGUGUAAAUUUAACUGUUAGUAAUUACAAAAUCUUAGUUUUACUAGUAAGGAAAAACAGUCUAUAUGCCUUCACUCCUAUUAUUUAACAGUUGGCCUAGAAGGAAUAUCUGCUGUGAAUGAAACUAAAAACAUUAGAGACAUUGAAUCUAGUUUGUUAAAGCCUAUAACAGCAACAAAAUAAUGGCAUAAAAACUGAACAUACUGAGAAAAUUCUCUAAGCAUCCUGACUUUAGUAAUUUUGUUUGCUUGCUUGCUUGUUUUGAGACAGGAUCUCUCUCUGUUAGCCCAGGCUGGCCUGGGACUCAACCCUUCUGCCUCAGCUUCCGUGUGCUGAGGUUGCAAGUGGUGUCAUCACGCCAAGCAGUGUGUUCAUUAAAGCAUUUGUGUUAAAACUCUAAUAAGGUGGAUAUUGUUCAUUUCUUGAAAACCAAGUUAGAGUCUUGGCAGGUGGGAGGUCCGUUUAAAGAUGGUGGGACAGGCACCCUGUCACAGCAGUGCUGGAGCUGCCUCUCAUUCACUGUGGCUUUGUCCACAAACGGAAUAGUUGCAUUUUCAGUGUUAAUUUCAUGGAUGGAUAGAGAUGAAGAACAAACUCAAUUAAUGUUUAAAAUAAAUGUACAGAUUUUAAAUGAGUGGGACAGAUCUAUAAAUGAUGAAUAUCCUUUUCCUCAUUUAAAAAGUAGUAUUUAUUUAUUUGAAAGGAACCCUAGUAGGAAGUUAUGCUGGCUCUGCACUUACAUGCUCUGACAGCCAGGCUGUCUUCACUCUGUCCGCCCUUGUGAUGUUCAGGCUUAGCGAGGGGAAGGCUGUGCAGUAGUGUUUGCCUGACAGCGGAGCUGUCUCGUGUGUAUUCUGGAAAGGGUGAUUUUCUACUUUAUGUUUCUGACAACCAGAACAUCAAGGUUGUUUUGGAGAGGAAAGUGUUGCUUCAUCUGCAACAUGUUUUUAAAGUUUUAGUGUUUCUGUUAUCAUUUUAGGUUUAGAAUGUGUCCCAUUCUCCCCCGCCCCCUUUUAAGUCAUAAUGCAAGGAACACCCUCUUUCCAAUAGAGCUGUGAAUUAAAGAAAGGGCAGAGUUUACAUUUACAAACACCUGUGUCUGCCCAGUUUCUCCCCUCCCCCUUUCCGUUUUGAAAUACAAUUCCAUGUAGCCUAGGAUGGCCACAAACCCUGUAUGUAGCUCAGGUUGGCUUUAAACUCCUGAGCCUCCUCUACCUCCACCUCAUGAUUACUGGGAUUACACUUAUGGACCACUAUACCCAGGUGCCCCCCCUCGUUUCUUAACAUAUAUAUAAUUUUUUUUACUACUAGAAAACAUAGUUCUUCCUAGUGCCUUUGAACUGACCCUGCAGUUUUGACUAAUUAGAAUCAGUGCAAACCUGAGUAGCAUUACUGUAAUGCUGUUACUGACCAGGAUACAAACUGUAUAGUAAGUUUGCUAUGUUAAUCAGAAGCCACACUUGGAUUGUAUUUAUGUAUAAAUUGUAUUUGUUCAAGCUGUAUAUAUCAAUGUUGUGUGUACAUGCUGCAUGGUAAGAUGAGAAAUAAAAUUCCUCCCCAAUGCCAA